GCCCGGGGCGGGGCGGGAGGGAAAUCCCGGGCGACGCGGAGAGGCCCCGCCCCGCCCCGGUAUAAAACGCGGCGAGACGCGACGGGCACCGGCCGCCGGGAGACGCGACGCGACGCCAUCACAAUGCCCCUGUCUCAGAGCAGGGCCAGGCAGGUGCCAUGCAGCAGCAAGGUGUGCAGGAACCUCUUUGGCCCUGUGGACCAUCACCAGCUCCAGAAUGACUCUGAGAAACUGUUGAAGCAACACCUGGAAGAAGCUCAGCAGCGCUGGAACUUCAACUUUGAGACGGAGACUCCCUUGGAAGGACAAUUCAAGUGGGAGAGGGUCUUUCUGGCUGAGCAGCUGCCCCAGGAGGUUCACAACCUGGUCAAGGUCACCAGCAGUGAGAGCAGGAGCUCCUUGGUCCGCAAGGUCUCUCCCAAGGACUGUCUUGGCAGGAUUUGCCCCGAGGGGUCUCAGCAGAGCUUGGAGGUUUACAGGGCUGGUUCCCCACAGAGCUUGAAACGUGGGCAGACCACCAUCAAAGAUUUCUACAGCUCCAAGCGGAAGAUUGUCCCUGACAAGCCCAAGCCGUGACCUGGUGGUACUCGGCUCCUCUGCCAUCGGGGACAGCUGCUGAUGCUGACGUGCCCUGGGGGUGUCCGUGGCUCUUUUCCCCCACUCUGUACUGUGUAAGCUGUCUGUAUGAAGCAAUGUAGAGUCUGUAGUUCCCUAUUUAUGAGUAGCUCUGGGGUCCUGAGGGACCUUCCCUGUGUGCAAUGUAUAGGAGUAGCCUGUGUUGAGGCUUGUAGUCCCAUGGAGGAGGACUGAAAUGGACCUGGUGGGACUAAAGCAUUGCCCUGCCUGCAGAGAAGAAAGUGUGUCCUCUGCCCUGUGUUGGUGGGGCCAAGCAUCAUCCCUGCACCAUCCUGCUGUCCAGCUGUGGUCCUUCCCCUGCCUGAUGGUCAGCCAUGGAGGAUGCUUGUGUCCCAGCCACCUGGUGGCACCAGAUAUCCUCAAGAAAGGGUCACCGGUACAGAUUGCAGAGCCCUGGGACAGCCUGGUCCUGAGGACACCCUGGUUGCUGGCCCUCUUCCCAGCAGGAUGAACCCAGCGGUGGCCAACCCUCAUCCAUGCAUGGAAGCGGGGUGACGCAGGGGCUGCUCCUUCCCACCGCUGCUUGAGAGAGGAAAUGCUGUUCCCUGACAGCCCUUCUUCUGGGUGACUCACCAGUGCUGUCACCUGUCAGACAGGCUGCAGAUGGUGACAAACCCGCUGGAGGUCCCCAGUGCUGAGCUUGUUGUGGGACCAAUGUUACCGGGGAGGCUUUGGGGUCCCCUGGACUCUGCUGACCCACCCCCCACUUUCUUACCUUGUUGUUGGUUUGUUGUGUGGUGCCGUUUGCUCCCAGGUUCCUGCCUCCUUCAACACUGACACGGGCUGGGGAGCUGCCUGCUCUGGCUGUGGUGGGCUGCUCUGGGGAUGGAGUCCUGCUCACCAGCAAGCAUGACACCGAAAGAGGAAAUUGUAGUGCUUGCUUUUUUUUUUCCUGGACUUUUUCUCCUUUGGGGCUGGGGGAGAGAGAACCCUCACCUGGCUCUGCAGAGUGAGCAGCUUUGGUUGCCUCUGGGAUUGAGGGAUGUCCUGGAGUGAAGGCUGCUUGGUCCCAGCGCUGAAGGAUGCUCUUGAAGGACUUGACACUGUCAGGUCUUAGCACUUUCAUGGGGUUCAUCUCCUGCUCUGCUGGAUUUGGACUCUGGAAACUGGUGCAAGAUGGUCCCAGGCAGAAAAGGGACGGGGUUGACCUCCCUCCUUGCACCACGAUGCACUUUGCUGUCGGUGAAGCUGGCAAACUCCCAGCAUUAAAUGUUUAUUUAUAAACAAUGCUAUUAAAUCUAUGGGGGGGGAAGGGGAAAUACCUGUUUGUCUAUAAAUGUUAGCUCGGAAUAAACACUUGUGGUAAGGGA